AUGACAAGCAUUUUCUCUCGAGUUCGUCUCUGUUUUAUUCGUCAUGGAGAAUCAGAAGCUAAUAUACAAACAAUUUAUAUAGGUGGUCAAACUGUUUCAUGUCCAUUAACUGAAAAAGGACAAGAACAAGCUUUUCUAUUAGGCAAACGUUUACAAUAUGAAAAUAUGAAAUUUGAUUAUUAUUUCUGUUCAACAGCUGUUCGAGCAAAACAAACAGCAGAUAUUGCUUUAGAAACAAUGAAUAUUGAUAAGUCAAAAUUAAUUCUAUCAACUGAACUUUUAGAACAAUCACAAGGAUCAUGGGAAGGAUUAUAUCGUCGAGAAUGUUAUACAGAUGAAAUUAUGCAAAAAAUGAAAGAAUUACAUAUAGAUUUUUCUAGUCCAGAUGGUGAAUCAAUACGAAUGGUACAAAAACGAGCUAUUGCAUUUUUAGAACCUUAUAUUGAACAAGCUAAAAAACAAAGUAUAGAAGAAAAUCGAGAAAUAUCAAUUAUUAUUUUUACACAUGCGAAUUUAAUUCGAGCUGUAAUACAAUAUUAUACUGAAAGUAAUCCAAAAUAUACAUGGCUUAUUGGACAAUAUAAUACAUCAAUAAGUGAAAUUCUUUUUAAUCAACAUGGAAUAUCAUUAGUUAAAGUUAAUGAUAUUGGUCAUUUAAAGUUUUUAAUACCAGAAUCAUCAGAAAAUAAUUAA